UAUAUCCUUGUCACCUCAUCUUGUUAUGCUGUGUACAACAUGUUGAUGUGUUAUUGAUAUGGUCGUUUCUGUCCGUUGUCAUUUAUAGCUAUACUUUCUUUUAAUUGCACAUAGUAUCAUUUAAAUGUUCUGUGAAAAUAUCAUUCAAUAUAUUGCUAAAACACAAGCAUAUUUUGUAUUUAAUCAUCUUGAAUCAUCUAUCUAUCAUCUAUCCUGUUAUUUACAUCAUAUUCUUCUGGAAAUUUGAUUUACAUCAUCAUCACAACUGGCUUUUUACGAUAGCUCAUCAAAGCCAUCUUCUUCAUCAUGGACUAUGAGGAGGGUGACAAAAAAGGUGGAGAGCCACCAGCAUUUGUCCACCAAAACGUUUAAUGUUGCAGUUGUUGGUCUUUCAGGAUCGGAAAAAGAGAAAGGAUGUAAGGGUGUUGGAAAAUCAUGUCUGUGCAAUCGUUUUGUCCGACCAUUUGCUGGUGACUAUCAUAAAGAACACAUAUCGGUUCUCAGUCAAACAGAUUUUAGUGGACAAGUCGUAAACAAUGAUCACUGGCUUUAUUGGGGAGAAGUGACAAAACUGGUCAAUGAAGGAACAGAAGUAACCUUCAGUGUGAUUGAGCAAACCGAAUUCAUUGAUGAUUCCUGCUUUCAACCUUUCAAGACUGGAAAAACUGAGCCGUAUUAUAAAAGAUGUGCAGCAACUCGACUAUGCUCGACCGAUAAACUGAUGUACAUCUGUAAAAACCAACUAGGAAUAGAAAAGGAAUACGAACAAAAAUAUCUUAAUGAUGGACGAUUUCUAGUUGACGCUUUUGUUUGUGUUUUUGAUGUUAGUGAGGUACAAGGAAGAAGUUUGGACAAAGCUAUCGAGUACACUGGACUAAUAUUGAACAAUCUUAUCAAAACCAAGAAACCAGUUGUUUUGGUAACAACUAAACACGAUGAAGCAAAUGAAUUUUAUUUGAGAGAGGCUGAAAAAUUGGUCAAUAGGAAAGAAUUCCGAGGGAUCGUGCCUAUUAUUGAAACCUCGGCUCAUAAUAAUAUUAAUGUUGAUAAUGCAUUCAUUACAUGCUUCCAAUUAUUGGAUCGUAAUAAUGAUCAACUCGUCACUGAGAAAACACAAGGGACUCAACCGCUGGAGGUUACGCAGAGGAUAAAAGGUAUACUUGAGGUGAUGAAAAGCCCGACAAGACUUGAAGAGUGGAAAUGCAGUAUGGUUGAGGUUGACAGACUGUUCUUACUCAUGGAAUCUAUGGUUAAAAGUGAAAAGACUACCAAAAAAGAAAAUAAUUCAAUCAAACAAAAUCGAAACAGUAGAAGAGCUAAUUUAAUUCACACACUUCAGAUGGAAUCCAAGCAGCUGAGAGAACUUAAAUAUGAAAACGAGCAAUUAAGUAAAGCAUUGGAGGAAUAUCAAGUAACUGUACAGUUUUUAAUGAACAAAUACAGAGAACUGACCGGACGUUUCUCUGAAACAAAGUUAAUUCUACCAGACCAGUUAACACUAGAUGACCAUGAAGCAGCCUUAGCUCGUCAAUUUGAAAAAAUUAAUGAAAUGUCCGCUGUGAUGGCGAAAGCAGUGCAACUAGAUGAAAACGCGUCUGAAAAAGAGGACCAGAAUCUGAUUGAAAAAUUACGCAAAGAAAAUGAUAGAUUAAGGAGAUUACUUUCAAGUUGAAGUCUAUAUUAUCCGUAAUUCCAAUGGUCAUUAUUUUUUAUAUUAUAUUUAGAUCUGUUUUUAUCCAAUUUCAAUAAAAUAACAAAACAAUGCUACCUUGGUUAUUGAUUGAUAAUUUUUGUAUCCAAUUUAAAUGAAUAAUUAAAUUUUAUUUCCUAUUUAUUGUCAAA